GUUACCAGAGAGUUGAGACCUUGUCUAAUUGCUGCACAUCGAGCCCUAGAUUGUGACAAAUAUAAUGCGUCGGUAUAUGCUGGGCCAUGUAGCAAUCUAGCCAGCCGUUUCGGGACUACACUGCAAGUUGGCUGUUGGCCUAGGCGUUGCCGAAUACACAGCGAUGACCGACUCAGUGGCACAACUAAAGACACAAGCAGUCGGAGACUGGGAGGUGGUAGGCGAUUGCUUCUUCGCGCGAGAGACCCUCUAUGAGAGCAUCUGGGAUGGGUUCGAGGUGGAGGACAAGAGGUUUACAUGCGCAACGUACGGGGGCCCUAUUGCUGCGAUGCGUGACGAGAGGCGCAUGGUGCUGGUAACACCGGGUUCAUCGGCAACAGCAGCAGCCGGGGGCCUCAAGCCUGUCCUAAGAACGUUCACAGCCGCCGGAGGACCUCUGGGGGCGUCGGUGUGGGACGGAGGCCGCUUGGUGGACUGGGGCUGGACGGAUGAGCAGCAGCUGGCCGCAGUGGAGGCCAACGGCAAGGUCACCGUGUACUCCCCCUAUGCUGAAAAAGUCCGUGAGUUCCGAUUUGGAGCUGCGGUUGAGCGCGACACAGUGGCUGCCGCAAUUGUGUACGGCACUGGGGUGCUGGUAGUCACUGAAGCGCAGCUGCAGCCAGCACCGCCAGGUUCCAGCACUCCCACUGCGACCGUGUCUGAGCCCGGAAGCAUCUGGUUGGUUGAGGACUUGCGGGAACCCCGCCCAACACGGCUCACCUCGCCCCCGCUCACGGCAUUCACCCCCACGGCCACUGAGGACAACCGUGGCGACCUUGGUGGCAGUGGGCUGCUGAGUCUGGGCGGCCUUGGGCGACUGGGCCUGCCCUCAUGCGUGGCAGUGUUGGACCCUCGGCACACCCUAUCGACACGCGUGGAGGUCCUGGCUGUGGUAGGCGGCGUACUGUGGCAGCUGGAUGAGGUGUCGGCCACCGACCACCACCCCGCUGCACUGCGGUCGGCGGGUGGGGCGGAUCACAUCUCUGUGUCGCCGGAUGGGGCCUUUGUGGCCAUGUACACGCAGGACCACCGGCUGGUGGUGCUGGCGUCAGACCUGACCAAGCAGCUAACUGAGUUUGAGAUGCGCGGUGCUGAGUGUGCACCACAAGCCCUACAUUGGGUGGGCGCAGAUGCCGUGCUGCUGGUGUGGCCUGAAACAGCGGUGCUAGUGGGCCCCUACGGCGACAGCGUGCAGUGGAGCAUGAGCGAUGAUGUGCUCGCGGUAGUACCUGAGGUGGAUGGCUGCCGGCUGCUGUUCGGCGGACGCGGCCGUCACGAGCUGCUCAGGAAGGUGCCGGAGGCCUGUACACAGGUGUUCCGACCAGGCGCCACUGGGCCAGCGGCGCAGCUGUGGGAUGCAAGGGCGCUGUACGAUGACCAAAACCCGCGCUGUGACCGCAUCCUGCGGAAUAUCCAGGAUGGCGGGCCCACAGCUCUGGCCGCCGCCGUGGCUACAACCAUCACGGCCGCCAGCCACGACCUGUCGCCUUUGCGGCAGCGGUCGCUGAUGCGGGCUGCCGCUUACGGCCGGCCCUUUUGCCCGCCCGAAUUCCCACGCCAGCUGAUGUACGGCACCGCUUGCCGGCUGCGGGUGCUGAACGCGGUCCGGGACGCCCGCGUGGGCCUGCCGCUCACCAUGAGCCAGCUGGAGGCGCUCAGUCUGCCCGUGCUGGUGGCCAGGCUCAUGUCAUACCGGCAAUGGCUGCUGGCCUACCGGAUAGCAGGCGUGCUCCGGAAUAUCCCGGGCGCCCAGCAGCCGCCACUGAGGCAAGGGACUGGCGCAAACACUGCACUGGGCCCCCGACCUCCGCCUAUGGGCCAAGACCAGGUGCUGAUGCAGUGGGCGUGCGCCAAAAUCUCUGCAGCGUCCGGCAGCAGCAGCCAAGUGGACGACGCGCACCUCAAGGACGCGAUUGUGGCCAAACUGAAAGGCUGCCCUAACGUGCGGUAUGCUCCGCUCGCAGCACACGCCCUAUCUGUGGGAAGACGCCGCCUGGCACUGCGGCUGCUGGAUGAGGAGCGGUCACCUGCACAGCAGGUUCCCCUGUUGCUCAGCUUGGCGGUGGGAAGUGCCGGGGCGCGGGCGGGAGCUGGCGGCUCCUCGGGAAGGCAAGGUCUGGAUGCAAGGGUGGGUGACGAGGACGGCGACAGCAGUGACGAGGUGCUGCAGCGGGCGUUGCGGAAGGCCAUUGAGAGUGGCGACACCGACCUGGUCUACUUGGUGCUGUUCGGACUGUACCGAGCCCGGCCGCUGCCUGAGUUCUGGUCCCUGGUGGCGGUGCGGGCGCUAGCGCGGAAUCUGUUCAUCAAGUACUGCAGGGCCAAGGAGCCGGAGCUGCUCGAAACCAUUUUGACGUCAGCAGCCGCCACCAGUAGCUCAGCAGCCGGAGCAGGAGGGGCACAGACGUCUGCGGCAAGUGCUGCAGCGGCAGCCAGCUUCCCUCCUACGGCUGCUGCCGCAGAGCUGGCCAGUCUGCACUUCCGCGCCGCGCUGAAGGAGGAGGUCCAGCUGUGCGAGCAGGCCGCGGCAGGAGCUGGCGGCGGAAUGCCUCCGGCUCAGGCCGAUGCCGCGGCAACUCACCUUGCGAGUGAGCUUGCUGACGUGGCGCACAAGUAUGGCCAGAGCCGUGACUCCGCCUUCCAGUCCAAGGCCGUGUCGGAGAUGGCGGCACUGCGGCGUGAGCAGGCGCGGCUGGAGCGGGAGACCGGUCAGCGCCUUUUCUACGGGCUGAGCCUGGUCGAGACUGUGCGGACGGCAAUACGGCUCGGACACCAUCGCGCCGCGGCAGCGUUGAAGAAGCAAUUUGUGCUCAGCGACCGGCGCUUUACCUGGGUCAAGGUGCGCACGCUGGCGGAGACCCGUGACUGGGAGUCACUGGAGGGUUUUGCCACAGAGCUUCGGCGCAGCCCCAUCGGAUGGGAACCUUUCAUUGAGGCCGCUAAGAAAUGGCAAGCGCCGUCGGAGUACCGCGCCAGGCUGGUGGCCCGGCUGCCGGACAGCCCCGCCAAGGCUGAGGAGCUCUCAGCGCUGGGCCUGGCGCGCGAGGCCGCAGAAGUGGCUGCCCGCAUCAAGGACACGGACCUGUUUGCGCGCAUUCAGUCGGCAGUGGCGGCCGGUAGCCCUGCGGCACUGGCCAUCGCACAGAUCAAGGAGCGCUUCCAGUUCCGGACAGGGUGAACCAAUGGCUUGCUACAGCCUUGCUAUACCAGCCAAGUCCUAGCAGGGGCGCUCGGCACACCUCUUUUCUUCAACCUGCACUGUAAUCUUUUUUUAGCUUUUUUUUGCUUGGGCUUAGCCCCCUGAGCGUAGCGAUUCAGGUCUGGUCAUCUAGUCUGCGCCAUGGCUUCAUGUGUGACAAUGUGCAUUGUGACAGACGGUGAGGCCUGCAGUGACAAGGUAGGUCACUGCAGCAAGGCACACACCCGUAAUAUCCUUGAAUUAAUGGCGAACAGUAGGCUGCUAAGCAUGGUGCGCGCAGGCUGGGAACCGCCUAGUGGUUGCGUAUGGGUUUGUGGGCGACAGCAGCUUAGAUAGGCAAUAGCAGCUGCCUCAUGGCUGCAUGGAGAAUGGAUAAAUGAGUGUGGUUGGAUGUGUGCCGCAAAUGUUCGUCACUUUUGCUGUAGCGGAGGCAUGGGUGGCGGUCCUUGCACUGGAGAUGAGGCUCGCCUGGUAGACCUCUUCAGCUCAAGGCAAGUGUCGUACACCGUGCAUCCGCGGGGUGGCAUCAGAUGGGCAGUAUGGCGCAAGUCAUCAGGAAGGGGCAGUAUUGCAACGACUGGCCAAAAUAUGAGCACAGAGUCAGGGGGGGGGGGGUAGAAAGCUCAGGUUCUUACCCCAUGCUCAAUAUUACAGAGCUUUAGGAGAGCAUUAUGCACGUGCUUUUAGUUUUGUCAGGGGGAAGUUCUGGGCCGACAAAGUGGGGGGGUCGGUCGUCGUCCUGGGGGUCUGCCGGUUUCGGGAGCCCAUCCUGGCGGAUUUCGGGAAGCGCCCCACAAGCAGAACUAGGGGCCAAACGCAGCAGUACGAGGCUCAUAUGUGCACGUGAUGCCGUAAUAAGCACAAGCAAAGCGUGGGAAGGCUAAGUUGCGCGUCCGGGCGUGGACAUGUGGGCACAUGUCCCCACGUUCGACACAUGCGCACUGCCACCGCUGGGCUCUCUAGCGCUGGUGCGCAUGAAUUUACGUCUAACAAGGCUGCCGAUGCACACUGUCCAACCGUCACAUGGCAGAGAGUUGAGCGCGGUGUGGGCUGGGCCGAGAGGAUUUCGAUGGAUAGGAUCCCGCGUGUGACCGAAGUCUCAGAACAGGACCGCUGAUGGCACAGCGUGAUAGUGCUCGUCAAGAGGAGUCGAUUGGCACCACUUUGGUAUUAAACGGAGGGUUUUUUACCCCUAAACAACAAGGUGUUGUCCGUGGGGCGGUCGGUCGUCCCCUCAAGGGGGGUCCCGGGGGAUUUCGGGGCAUGGGGUCUGGCACUUUGUUUCCUACCCCUCCCCCCCUGACCGAGUAUCUGCUGGUCGCGCCACAGAGCACAGAUUGAAUAGAUUCCCAUCAAGCCGGGCAUGGUUGGGGGGUCUUAAGGUUGUCCUGUGGCCUGUGCGUAGCGUAUACGGUACACAAGAGAUAAGGGC